AUGAGUCAGAGGAUUCCAGUAACGUUCAGCAAUGUCCAGAAUAAGAUUCUAGAACCAUCCAAGAAGGUUCUCAAUGAAUGCAAGGAACCCAUAUCAAAAUUCUUAACGAGCAAAGUGAAUGCGGAAGGAAAUCGUUUAGUGAAUGAAAAUGACGGAUAUGAAUUAGACGGAGCAAAUAAUCUUUAUACUUACGGAAUGGACAUACAUUCGAAUAAAAUUCUUGAGUUCACCGAUCAGUGUUCGUGUUGUAAAUGUCGAAAGCGUUGGCAGUUGGCGAUACUUGCGAAUAUCGGUUUCUUGAUUGUUUUUGGAAUACGUUGCAAUUUUGGUGCAGCAAAAACCCAUAUGGCACGCAAUUAUGUGGAUCCAUGGGGAAGGGAACAUAUGAAAGAGUUCAACUGGACGAUAACAGAACUUGGUGUCAUGGAGAGUUCGUUCUUCUAUGGAUAUCUUGUAACGCAAAUACCUGCUGGUUUCCUGGCCGCCAAAUUCGCUCCUAAUAAGUGGGUGAAGUUUUCUGAAAUGGAUUGA